AAGCAAAGAAGACAAAACUGUUAUUGUGGAUGUAAUACUCUCUUGAAACCAUAACACACAAACAAGGGUUUUCAUAAUUGUUAAAGAAUGCGAAUACAAAUAGAUCAGAAUUUAUAAAAAAAAAAAGUUCCAUUUGUGUUAAUACUUAAUACCAAACGAAAUAAAGCGGUCAAACGUUUUCACAUGCAAAAUGCGCAAACGUUGUAAUGACGUGCUUUCAGUCUGUAAGAACCAAGUCGGCGCGUGGCCGACCAAAGUUGAUCCCCUUGCGCAUGCCCUACGUUUGACCGCUGUGUUACCAAGCGGGCUCAUGUUGAUGGACAAAAGCAUGCAAAAAAAAACUGGAGCAAACAAAACAAAUUAUAAUGAUAGUAGUGAAUGUUAAGCAAAGGUAUCGACGACGGGAGCGAACUAAAUUUUUCCUAUGAAUGUGGCUCUCGUGGAAAAAUUGACAACCGCUUUUCCCAGACUAAUUUUAAAUUAAGAAUUCUUAAUUUGUGACGAUGCCUUCCAUUUAAAACAGUUCUAUUAUGACGUGUUUAAACUCUGUGAAAAUAUAGCGGGAAAGUAAACAAACGCUUAAGUCACAUUGCAAUUCACAAUCAUGGCCUUUUUUGAAUAACCCAAAAAAAAAAUGAACAAUGCACAUUCAUGAUUUUCCUGAUACAACACUGCUUGUAAUAUUCAGCUUCCUCUGCGAGGCAGACUUGUGUCGAGUCGCGCGGACGUGCAGAGGUUGGAGAGCUAUUGCUUACGACAGCUCUUUGUGGAGAUGUGUAAAUCUUAAACGUUUCCACAAGCUUAACGAAUUCAGCCUCAUCAAGCUCAUUCGAAAUCGAAUGGUACCGAUGCUCUUCAAGAUCAACCUUGGAGGUUUCACUCUGUCUCCGAGAGUUUUCCAAGUUCUGGCCAUGCACUGCAAACAACUAAGAGUGCUAUGUUUAGGAUCUGUGUCCUUUGAAGAAGAUUUCACGGUCAGCGACGAGUCCUUUCCAGGGAAUUUAACAAAGCUGGAUAUUCGGCACAGCUCGGGACAUCCAACUGCAUUCAAAGUUAUCACCCAGAACGUGCAGCAAGUGCAGUGCCUAGGCCUCAGCGAUUCUAUUUUUGGAGUUAUCGAUACUGAAGGCGAGAAACUAAGAUUCUUCGCUUCUUUGAAGGAAGUUAGAAUAUUAGAGUUUAGUUACUGUAAUUCACUGACAGAUACAAUAGUCCAGUUUAUCGCGGAAAAUUGUCCGAAUCUUCGAUCACUGUGUCUCCGGAGAUGCCACAAUAUUCGAGGAGAAAGUCUGUCGGAGUUAAUCGAUUGCUGCUCGUCGCUGACAUCGUUAGUACUCGACGGUACGAGCGUCUCCGACAAUGAAGUUCAAGCGGUUUCCUGGGAGAAUUCGAUGAUAACCGAAGUAGAUCUGUCGUGGUGUCGGCAUCUGAGCAAAGUAGGUCUUAAAUCGAUACUGACUCGUUGCCACCUCCUGCGAUUCGUGCGGUUGUGCUGCUGUGGUUAUGGCCACGCAAUCACCGAUGAGGUACUUCACGCAAUGACUGAGUGUCGCUACCGUUCACUUCAAGUCUUAGAUUUGAGCUACAGCAGCGAAGUCACAAACUGUGCCCUUGGAAGGUUUGUAGCUAGCUGUUCUUCGUUGCAAUAUUUGAGGGUAUACCACUGUCAGAAGAUUACAUCCACACUGGUAAACCUCAUUCCCAGCGCGUCAAACGUUUUUGUGGUUGCGAACUUUCAGUUGCAAAGAGGAGGUCUCGCAACAAGCGCUACCUCGGAGGGGCCCUCGACACUUUUGUCAGCGACGCCAGUAAACUACUCGCGAAGAGAAAGCCUAGACAUGAGUCUGCGGCAGGACUGAAUGGUUCUCUCAGAGAUAAUAACCAUGGUCGCCUUGUUCCAGUGUGAAGCCCGUUCAGAUUUAACAGCUGUGUUGAAGAAGAGGGAGGUGUGGAAGAGACUGAUGGCAUCUCUUAUAUCACUGAGCGCUUUACCAGGUAAAGCUCAGUGGGCCAGAUUAACAUAAAAUAUCUUGUAAUUAUUGGACUUAAAUUCUUAACAAGAACACUUCCGAAAAAAGUGUUCAGUUUUCAUGCGUUUGCUCCGGCAAUAUUUCUAGUUUUUUAAUUGAGCAUCUUCCAGCGGAAAGAACAACGAAAACCCAGUUAGAAAUUAUUUGAAAAGAUCAUCUUCACUGGAUUGAAAAAAGCAUUUCGGUGACCAAAAACGUAUUUCAGU